CCGACCUCGCUCUGGUAGUUGCUCUGGGCGGGCGCUGUAGGAAAGGAACUGUGAAAGCGCGCCCCCCAACCCCCCUCGUCCCAAAGGGAAGCGGGGAAAGGCAGGGGCAACGGCCGGUGAGGGAGGGGCGCGUGCUGUGGAGCGGGGGGAGGGAGCGCCCCGGCAGCCAAUGAGCUGUGAGCAGAAGGAAGCCGAGCUGCCCGGGCGACCGCCUCCUUCUUCUUCCCCUUUGCCUUCUCCUCCCCAUAUCCCUCCUCCCCGGACCUCGUCCAGGCGGAUGUUCGGCGCCGGCUGUUUUCAGAAAGAAGAAAGAUGGAAAGUGGUGCAGUUCUGCUACAGUCCAAAUCAUCACCAAUUAAUCUUUUGAAUGAAAUGCAUCAAUUACGUCUUCUUGGUCACUUGUGUGAUGUGACUGUCAGUGUGGAGUAUCAAGGUGUAAGAGAAGAAUUUGUGGCUCAUAAAGCUGUACUGGCAGCCACAAGCAAGUUUUUUAAGGAGAUGUUCCUUAAUGAGACAGUGAUAGAUGGAACAAGGACAAAUGUAUAUUUAAAUGAAGUACAGGUUGUUGACUUUGCUUCUUUUCUUGAGUUUGUCUAUACUGCAAAGGUCCAGGUAGAAGAAGACCGUGUGCAGAGAAUGUUGGAAAUGGCUGAAAAACUAAAGUGUUUAGACUUAUCUGAAACUUGUUUUCAGUUAAAGAAGCAGAUGUUAGAAUCAGUACUUCUAGAACUUCAGAACUUUUCUGAGUCUCAGGAGCCAGGAGAGAAUAAUAGCUCUCAAACAAAUGAUGUCUUACUUGAUUCUAAGGCUAGUAUAAUGGUAGAAGUCCCUAAUGCUGAUAGCCUCUCUGACUCUUCAGAUUAUCCUGUAGAAAGAAAUAGCAAUGGUUUAAUACCACAGACACCACUGAGAAAGUCAAAGGACAAAGCAGAUAAGAAAAAAGAAGUUAUGAAACCUCCAUAUCCUAAAAUUCGGAGAGCUAGUGGAAGGCUGGCUGGUAGGAAAGUAUUUGUAGAAAUCCCCAAGAAGAAGUACACAAGGAGACUCAGAGAACAGCAAAAAAAUGCCACCGAUGUCGGGGAGAACUCAUCUCCAGAAGACCAAAGCAUACUCGAUGUGGAGAUGGUAAUAGAGCCAGUGACAAAAAAUGUGGAGCCAAAGAAUGAGGAAUGUGAUGCCAGCUUUGAGUUAGAGGAAGCUUUGAAAAAAGCUGAGGAAGAUGAUGAUAAGAAAAAGAGCAACUUUAAAUGUACCACUUGUGAAAAGGAGUUUCUCUAUGAGAAGAGUUUCCUGAAACAUAUCAAGCAUAACCACGGCAUUGCUGCUGAGAUAAUUUAUCGCUGUGAUACCUGCAGCCAGACAUUUGCAAACCGAUGUAAUUUGAAGAGCCAUCAGCGCCAUGUUCAUAGCAGUGAGCGCCAUUUCCCUUGUGAACUCUGUGGGAAAAAAUUCAAGAGGAAGAAAGAUGUUAAAAGGCAUAUUCUUCAGGUUCAUGAAGGUGGCGGGGAGCGCCAUCAGUGCCAGCAGUGUGGCAAGGGCUUGAGCUCCAAGACCGCUCUGAGGCUCCACGAACGAACUCAUACAGGGGACAAACCAUAUGGCUGCACUGAGUGUGAAGCCAAGUUUUCUCAGCCUUCUGCACUGAAAACACACAUGAGAAUUCAUACUGGUGAAAAACCUUUUGUCUGUGAUGAAUGUGGUGCAAGAUUCACUCAAAACCACAUGCUGAUAUAUCAUAAAAGGUGUCAUACAGGGGAAAGACCUUUUAUGUGUGAAACAUGUGGCAAAAGUUUUGCUUCUAAGGAGUAUUUGAAACAUCACAAUCGGAUUCACACAGGAUCCAAACCCUUUAAAUGUGAAGUUUGCUUCAGGACGUUUGCACAGAGGAAUUCACUGUACCAGCAUAUUAAAGUCCAUACAGGUGAACGUCCAUAUUGUUGUGAUCAAUGUGGUAAGCAGUUCACACAGCUUAAUGCCUUGCAGCGUCAUCAUCGAAUCCACACAGGAGAGAAGCCAUUCAUGUGCAAUGCAUGUGGACGAACAUUCACAGACAAGUCUACUCUACGGCGGCACACAUCAAUACAUGAUAAGAAUACACCGUGGAAAUCUUUCCUUGUUAUUGUAGAAGGUUCACCCAAGAAUGAAGACAGCCAUAAAACUGAACAAAUGGAUGAGGACUAUCCAUCACCCAAAAUAUCAGAAAAGCUACUCUCAUUUGCAGAAAACGGCCACUUUCAAAACUUGACAGCAGUCCAAGGAGCUCUGACUGCUUUACAUGAAAACAGUCCUCCUACAGACCUAGACUGUAAAUCAGAUGAUCCUGUAGUCCCCCAGGAAGCCCUUAUAGCUACCACGUUAAGUGAUCUUACAGUACUUCAUACUCAGACAGAUUCAAUUCAACCAUCGCUUCAUGCUUUGUCAAACAUAGAAUGAUUGCUUCCAGUGGUUUGCUGAGAAAAUCCAGCAUAAGAGAGACUUCUUUGAAUGCACAACGCCAAGUGCUCAAAACCAUUGCCAAUAGCAUAGACAUAGAAUUUAAAGUGGGCACACAAAGAUGGGCUUUUAUGAAUGACAUCCCCCAGAUUUUCCUGAAAUUCUUGGUACUCACACAUCUUUAUCAAAACUUUUUUUAAAAUCUCACUUUCCAGACCCUAAUCUGCAUGAUCUCAACUAUACUUUGCUCAACAGUUAUGAUUCUACUUUGAGUAGAUCUGUUGUAUUUAUUCUAAGGCUUGAUUAUUCUUAUUUUUUAACAAAGUUCCAAUAAGCUCUUUUGAACCUAGUUGUUACCCUUUAAUUACCAAUUCACUUUCUUAAUUUCCUGGGAAUAGGUCCUUUGAAAUCUUCUCAUUGUCUCAAUCCACCCUAACCUUCUUUGUGGAUGUAUUUAUGUGAUAAUCUUAGGAUAUUUUUCCAGUUGAGUUGAUUCCUUGAUGAAAUAAUGUUGGACCAUAUUUUACCAAGUGUCUUCCCUGAUAAAUCAAGCCAAGUAAUUGGAGCUUUGGGAUCAUUGAAAUGUGACCCUUUUUCAGAUUGAAAAGCCUAUUAUUGAGCUCAUUUUUAAUAUCACUUAGGCACAAAAAUGGAUGACCAAUUAAAAUCAUAAACUCAAUAACAAUAAUCUCUAUAUUGGCUCUACAAAAAAGACCAUGAAUAUCUUAGCCUUUUCUGAAAUUCCAAGUGUAAUUCUUACCAAAGAAUCCAGCAGUAGUGCAGUUUUUUUGAUACAAGGUGCUGAAAAUUAUUCGAGUACUUGAGAAUUUAUUGAGGGCUGCAGUAGCUUUAUUCCUCUGGCAAAAUAUAGUGAUUCUGGGAAUAUUUGCAGUACAUUGUGAUGGCUUUGGCUUAGGUAAAUUUUCCUGAUUUUUGAUUUGUUGUUACUUAUUGAUAGUCAUAAUUAUCCAGACUUUCAUAUUUUAGUAAGACUUUUUAAUGACAAGCACAUAAAAGUAUCGGAUUCCAAAUAUAUGUUUACUUGAGAUGUUCCAAAUGGCCAUGACUCACAUUUUUAUUACUAGGUUGUAUUUUAAUAACUAAAAGAUUUAAGCAGGUGUUUAAAAACUCCUAGUAUAAUUAUCUCAUUGCAUGUCAAAGAUGCUUCUGUUUUUCUCUUUGCAGUAUUCUUUCAGAAGCCUCUUUUGUUGCACUUGCUGCUGGUGCUCUUUUAACUAAUAAAGAUGUACUUUGCCAAGUUUGAGCUCUACAGUACUAAUACAAGCGUUCCAGUUUUUGAAUUUGCUAUAUUUUGGUGAAGUACUUUGGUUCAAAUGUGGUCCUUGUUGUAAAUCUUUAUGUUCAUGUCAAGAAUCUUAUGGAACCACAAAAUAUUUUAGCCCAUCACUUGUGUUUUCUUUAAGUUGUUUUGCUAAUUUUUCUAUGAACAAAAAUUGUGUGGGUAGUUGUAUUUUCUUUUGUUUCCAUGAAACCACUGGAAAGUGCUUUAACCACGUGGGUUUCUCUGGAGAAAGUCUGUUUUACUCUUUUUUACAGUAAUUUGACCAUUUCCUUAUACUAGUGUCACAUGUUUAACCUAUUUUUAGUAAAAUAUUCGCAGUGACUUAAGAGUUUCACCACCACAACUACACCUUUAAAAAUGGCAUUCUAGAUCUGUAUCCAGAGUAAAAAAUUGCUGGCUUUUUCCCCCCUCUAGAACGGUUUCAACUUUUUUUUUUUUUAAUUUGGAGAGAGGGAAAAACCUACACUAACUUGCUUUUUCUUGAAAAACUUAUUAGAAGGAAUUUGGAUACUAGAUUUUUAUUUAAUGAUAGUUUGGUGGUCUUAAAUUUUUGUAACUUUUCAAGGAACAAUAAAAUUUUACCUGUUCAAUCUUUUGAUGAAUGAAUAUUUACUUUAAGUUCACUGUGCUGUACCUAUUAAGUUCUUCAUAUCCAGUGCGUAACAAAUUCCAAACUCAAGAUAAAACCUGAGUAGUUAUUGUGACUAAAGCACAAUCAGCUAUCUUUAAUUGUGUAAACAACUUUUAAAAUUAAUGGUUUAUAAGCUAUUUUAUGGUAUAUUGUUGAAAUUAAAAUACUUUAAAAAUAUAUAUUUAAAAUGUUAAAAGUGUUUUUUAUAACUUUGGAUUCCUCAAUUGUCUAAAUUUUUUAUUCCUAUUCAAUACUGAUAAUCACAGUAUUAUAGGUACAGAGUGGAGAAAUUUUUUUCAAACUCAUGUAGAAGUAAUUUGUACAUCUCAAUUCUAUUAUGUAAGCAGUGUCUUAAAUGGAACAUUAAAGUUAGAAUAUUUUAUCAUGAUAGUACAUCGAAUACUGAGUCUUAUAGAAGUCUUACUGGUUAUAACCGUCACAUGUAUGGAAAAUGCCAAAUUUGUAGAAUGACACCUCCACCUCAUUAGUAACAAUUGUUAACUGAAGAAUUUUGUGCAAACUGUAUAUAAAAAGCAGGGAGGGUAUUAUUACAUCUGCUUAUGUUGUAAUCUAACAAAUUCUAAUAAGAGGAGUUUUCUUCUAUUCUUUGGGGAUAUAGUUAAGGGAACAGGGGAAUCUUUAGUGUCCUAUGUGGGCACCUCAAACUUAGCAUUUCCAAAACAGAUGUCAUCACUUUCCCUCACUUCCAACAUUAUUACCCCUUGCCAUUUUUCGUCAGGGCACCAACCACCACCAUCUAACACUUGCCGAAGUUCAAAACCUUGGUAUGAUCAUUGGAUGUGAUGAGAAAAAGAAGAUAGUUGUCAGCUCCCCUCAACUUGCACAUACUUGAAUUAGAACCCUCCCUUUUUAAACUACUCCUACUCAUCUGGACUACCAUUAAUAAACUCAAUUUUAU